AUGAAUAAUUUAAUCAAUGGAUUUUGCAAACUAACCCUUGCUUCAAAUAGAUAUUUUAUAAAUAAUAGUUAUAGCAAUACAAACAAAAUAAUAAAACCAUUAUCAUGUUUUUAUAGCACAAAUAUACCAAAACAAAGUAAUCAAAAAAUUAAAACAUUUUCAACAAAACAAAAAGAUAAAAAACCAAUACAACAAAAAAACAAUAAUAAUGAUGACAACCAUGACGAUGAUGAUGAUGAAAAUGAGGGAUUUAUAAGCAACUCAUUUCAAUCAUUCAGUAAAGAUAAAAUUAUAGAAAAUGAACAAGAUGAAAUUAAAGGACAUAAAGAAAGAUUAAAUAAAGUACUUUCAAGAUCGGGUGUAGCAUCAAGAAGAAAAGCAGAUGAAAUGAUUCGUGAAGGAAGAGUUAAAGUUAAUGGUGUUGUUACAACAUUGGAAAAUGAUCAUUUUGUUUCAAUUAUUGAUGAAGUUGAAGUUGAUGGUAAAAUUAUUAAAAAACCAAUGCCAAGAAUGUGGAUGCAUUUUAAAAAACCAAAGGUUUUGGUUACACAUAGUGAAGUUGAAGGAAGAGAGAGUUUGGUACCAAUUUUAAAAAAAGUUUUAAAAAAAGAUCAUUUAAUUACAGUUGGUAGAUUAGAUUAUUAUUCAGAAGGUUUAAUAUUAUUAACAAAUGAUGGAAAUUUAUCAAGAUAUCUCGAACAUCCAGAUAAUGAAUUCGAAAGAACAUACAGAGUUAGAAUAUUUGGUAAAAUUACACAAGAAAUGCAAGAUAUUUUUACAAAAGGCAUAGUUAUUGAUAACAUUAAAUAUAAACCAAUUGAAGUAAUUGUCGAUAAAGAAUCCAAAAACAACUCGUGGGUAGUUAUUAAAAUUAAAGAAGGUAAAAAUAGAGAAAUUAGAAAAAUUUUAGAGUAUUUCAAUAUUAAGGUAUUACGUUUAAUUCGUGUUGGCUAUGGCCCAUAUGAAUUACCAGAAAGCCUUAAACAUGGUGAAACCAUCGAGAUCCCACUCAAAUCAAAAAUCAAAAAAUUUUUAGCCGCUUACAACAAGGGCGAAAAAACUAAAAGAUAUUUAUUAUAUGAAAAGAAAAAAUUAGAUACAGCAACCAAUAAAAACGAAAAUACAAAUAAUUAA